AUGAGCAUCUUAGCCCGAAACUUGACCCGCUACGCUCAAACUCAAACUAGAAAAGCUUCUGCAAUUUCUUAUACAAGUUUCAUUCAGCUACAGCAAACUUCACGCUCCAAGAACUGUUACUCUACAGAAGCUUUAGAGCAGCGAUACCAAGACAAAUUACUCGAAAAGGCCAAAGCAAAAGGUUACGAAUCCGUGGAGCAACUCAAAGAGCAGUUGAAAGACGAUAUUGAGACCAGGAAGCGAGACCUCAACAAGAUCGAUCCUUUGAAAGAAUUGGAGGACUACGAACAACGUAUAAAAAUGUCGCAGAACAACACUAAAGUUACUGAAGCCAGGGGCCCAGUUGACUCCAGCAAAGCAACAGUGCCUUUCAAAACUCUCGACUCAUUCUUGAAGCUCGAGAAAAUCCAGGAUUUGUCAAAACAAGAAAUUGAGUUUCUUUGGCGGGCUCGUUGGGCCAACUUGGAUAAGGUCUUGAACGCUGUUGUACCAGCACAGGUGUUCGCGCAAAUGUCGAAGCACAUUAAAGCGGCACCAACUUUCGUGCUUCCCUUGCCUCGUGAAAUUGUAGUCGAUGCAGCGGAAUCUAAAAACGAUCAAGGCAUGGAAUUGCACUACAUCCAGUGGCAAAACGCCGGCCGCAACACCGUACAUUGCAUCAUUACAUCGUUAGCUGAGUACAAGCUGCACAAGGAAUAUGCCAAGCCUCACACUACGUUCCAAUUCCACAAAGAGCUUAUCAAUGACAAACAAAUUGUGCUAAUGAACGGCCUUGUCGAAAAGGAUGUUAAUAUCUCUCUCCAGGAUGCCCAGCUUCUGCUACUCAACAUCCAAAGAUUUUACGGUGCAAUGGGUGAAGAAUCAGUGCCCUCACAACAAAGAAUCAGGCUUCUUCACGAUUUUGCUAAUGGUUCAAGUGAUUUCAGUGUCGAAAAGCUCAUUAGUUUGGCUCAAUCGAUGGAUACUUAA